GGUUGUCAUUCGCAACACAAUCCAGAUUUAUGUUGAAGACAUAAUUGCUUCUGCUAUGAUUCCACUAAAGCUACUGCUUAUUAUUUUCUCUUGUUUUUACGGAGUGAACGGUGAAGCAAGUGAUGGUCUUCGGUCAGGUUGUUGGAUCUGGGGAGCAUGCAAAGCAGAUGAAGCAAAUCAUAAGAAACUGCGCAGCUGCUAUGAUCCGAUUCCAGAUCCAGAGAAAGCUGAACGCAUGAAGGAAGCAUCAGCUUCUGGAAUAUAUGACUUUACUACAGACGUGGAUGUGUUUCUUCAAAAAUUUUGUAAAGAGGAUAACGAACUCCAGGAAAAAAUUACAGUUGAAGUUGGACAAUUGGGUUUAGAAAAGUACUCCGAGUAUUGCGCUAGCCCAUGGACACGAGAUAAAUGUGAAACUUAUCACAAAGUUAUGUCCUGCAUGCUUGAUUGUAUUGAUGACUUCACAAAAAAAGGACUUUGUUAAAAAAUUUCCAAGAUUUUCAAUAUUGUAAAUGUAUUUAAUUUUACAUUAAAAUAUUAAUAAAAUAAAAAUUAGUACUUGAAACAAAAUA